CCGAGCAAGAGGAAACGCUUUGGUGUAAACUGUUUGUACUCUGUGACUGUGACAAUGGCCUGGUAUUGGACAUAAUUAUAGGAACAAGAAGUGAAACACUGGAAGAUACCGAGAUGUUAUUGGGUAUCUCGGGUGACAGUGAGAACAAUGAUGGCACCAUAUCUUGGUCAUCCUUGUACCAGAGGAAGUCAGACUGAAAGAACAACACUGCAGGAUAUCCUUGUACAGGAAGAAUAUAACUUGUAGUUACAGUACUGCAAGUCAGACUGAAAGGAGCAACACUGCAGGAUAUCUUUGCACAGAAAAAUAUAACUUGUAGUUACAAUACUGCAAGUGACACUGAAAGGAACACUGCAGGAUAUCCUUGCACAGGAAGAAUAUAACUUAUAGUUACUACAAGGCACACUGAAAGGAACAGCACUGCAGGAUAUCCUUUAUUUACAGUGCCCACACCAGUGUCAUAAAGCUUAUUACUAGAGAACCGUUCCAUGGAGGAACUUUGCGGCUGGUGAAUAAAUGAAGUUCUGUGAUUCAUGGAAUCACCUCUCUUGUUUCCCGGGCACUAUUCAUCCCUUGGACAUUUAAAUGGUAAAUGUGUUUAGGGAACUAUGGGUGCACAGUGUAAAUAUUUAUAAAAAAAAAUUCUAGCAUAGCCGUUCAUAAUUCAUAUUGAAAAUUAGGUCAUUGUUCAGUAUGUCUAAAAUACUUGAAAAAGAAUGUGUGUAUGAAACACAAAAUGUGAUUCACCCAGAGAAUAAGAAAAAUAAAUAUUCACAGAGUUUGAAAGACUUCAGACGAAAAUCUCAGCCUCAAUCACCUGUGAAAAUUCAGAAUGGCAAAAAAGCACUUCAGUGUCUGGUGUGUGAAAAAUACUUUUUCAAAAAAUAUCAUCUAGUAUCACAUACAAAAAUUCAUACUGGUGAGAAACCUUAUCAGUGUUCUAAGUGUCUAAAAGCGUUCUCACACAAAUCUAGUUUAUCAAGGCAUGAGAGAAUUCACACAAAAGAAAAACCAUAUCAGUGUUCACAGUGUCUAAAAGACUUUGCUCAAAAAUAUGAUUUGAAAAAGCAUACAAGAAUUCAUACUAAAGAGAAACCAUAUCGAUGUUUGGAGUGUCUUAAGACCUUUUCUCAAAAAUCUGAUUUAAAAACACACAUGAGGUUUCAUACUAGAGAGAAACCCUUUCAGUGCUUAGCAUGUCUAAAAGCCUUUUCAGACAAAUCAAGUUUAUUAAAGCACAUAAGAAUUCACACUGGAGAGAAACCAUAUCGGUGCCCAGAGUGUCUAAAAGCCUUUUCGCAAAAAUCUAAUUUAAAUAACCAUAUGAGAAUUCAUACUGGAGAGAAACCAUAUCAGUGCUCAGAGUGUCUAAAAGCCUUUUCCAAAAAAAUAUAUUUAAUUAGCCAUAUGAGAAUUCAUACAGGAGAAAAACCAUAUCAAUGCCCAGAGUGUCUAAAAGCCUUUUCCCAAAAAUUUUAUUUAAAGAGUCACAUGAGAAUUCAUACUGGAGAGAAACCAUAUCAGUGUUCAGUGUGUCUAAAAGACUUUUCCCAAAAAAAUUAUUUAGUUAAGCACAUGAGAAUUCAUACUGGGGAAAAACCAUAUCAGUGUUCUGAUUGUCUGAAAGACUUUUCCCAAAAAUCUCAUUUGCUUACUCACAUGAGACGUCAUACUGCAGAGAAACCACAUUAGUGUUCGGUGUCUGAAAGACUUUUCCCAGAAAUCUCAGUUAACCCUUAAACUGUCCAAACGUAGAUCUACGUUUAUGUGUGUAGCGCUCCAACUUCGAUUUUCUCCAUUUGAAAGCAUGUAAAAAAAAAAAAUAACAUAGAUCUACAUUUGGACAGUUUAAGGGUUAAAAAAUAAAUGUUAUAGUUUAUAAUGUUCGGAAACCUUAUCAGAGUGUGUUAGUCUUUUCACAGAAAUCGUAUUUAAUAAAUUGCAAAAAUUUAUACCAGAUAAAAACCAUAGUGUUCAUUAUGUUUAGUGGACUUUAUCCCCCCCCAAAAAAAUACUUGAAUAAAACACCUAAAAUUUCAUACUGGAGAGAAACCAUAUCAGUGUUCAGAAUGAUAAAUUUGACAUGUGAAACACUUGUAUAUUUUUAUUGUGGAAAUAUUUCACCACACAGUAGCUUCAUCAGUUCACUACAAAGAAGAAUGAUGAAGAUCAGAAGGAAUUUGAGGUAAUGAGUCCCUCAGCUUGGAGUCUGUAUAGUCAUUUUAUUUAUUUAUUUAUUUAUUUAUUUAUUUAUUUGGACAUGAUACAUAGAUCCAUCAAUAUUGUGAAGAAUACAGCUUAUGUGCAAAGAAGAGGCGUAUAUUCUGCAGACAAAUGAGGUGAAGCAAUUGUAGGUGUUGUCAUCUUGGACAAAUCAUUAGAUGGAAGUAGGUUAUGCCUAUAGGUUAGGCAAGGGUAGAAUUCCCUGUAUCAAGAUCCCAAGAUGUUGCCGUGUCUGGCUGGGUCUUGAUACAGGGAAUUCUACACUUUCCUAACUCUAUAGGCAUAGCCUACUUCCACCUGUGGAUUUGUUCAAGGUGACACUGUCUACGACUGCCUCACCUUGCUUGUCUGCAGUAUACAAGCCCCUUCCUUGCA